AUGGGUGAACUAGCUUACUCAAAUGGUAUUAAUGGAGGAAAUGACAAAAGCCACUCACCUCCUAAUGGUUAUAGGAAAAGCUGCUGGUAUGAAGAAGAGAUUGAAGAGAAUCUUAGAUGGUGUUUUGCUCUCAAUAGCAUCUUGCAUACAGGAGCUAGUCAGUAUCAAGACAUUGCAUUGUUGGACACAAAGCCAUUUGGCAAGGCAUUAGUACUUGAUGGAAAGCUUCAGAGUGCAGAGACAGAUGAAUUUAUCUACCAUGAAUGUCUUGUUCAUCCAGCUCUUCUUCACCAUCCUAUGCCAAAAAAUGUUUUUAUUAUGGGUGGAGGAGAAGGGUCUACUGCAAGGGAACUUCUCAGGCACAAGACUAUAGACAAAGUUGUAAUGUGUGACAUUGAUGAGGAGGUGGUGGAGUUUUGCAAAUCAUACCUAGUUGUAAACAAGGAAGCUUUCCAUGAUUCGAGACUUGAAGUUGUCAUCAAUGACGCGAGGGCUGAACUAGAAGGCAAAGAAGAGAGGUAUGAUAUAAUAGUUGGAGAUUUGGCUGAUCCAAUAGAAGGAGGUCCUUGCUAUAAGCUUUACACUAAAGACUUCUAUGAACUCAGUCUCAAGCCAAAACUGAAGAAAGGUGGAAUAUUUGUGACACAGGCAGGGCCUGCUGGAAUAUUCAGUCACACAGAAGUUUUCUCAUGUAUUUACAACACCUUGAGACAAGUUUUCAAGUAUGUGGUACCUUACUCAGCUCAUAUCCCAUCUUAUGCUGAUAUCUGGGGAUGGGUCAUGGCUUCAGAUUCUCCCUUGGAUCUUAGUGCUGAAGAACUAGACAUCAGAAUGAGGCAGAGGAUCAACGGAGAGAAUAGAUAUCUUGAUGGAAAAACAUUUUUGUCAUCCUCAACUUUGAGCAAAGCUGUUCGUAAUUCGCUAAUCAAUGAAACCCAUGUAUACACAGAGGGAUCAGCUAGGUUCAUAUAUGGUCAUGGCAAGAAUGCAUAA